GAUCCCAGGGCAUACCGGAUUUUCCGGGUUUUGCUGAUGUUGUCACUCAGCUGCGAAGACUCGGAAAGCAAUAGCUCUCGUGGCACCGGUGGAACCGCACUGGCAAUAUGAAAUAAGUUCUGUCACCAUAUAUACCACGCAUACAUCCCACUGUACGCCACGCUGCAAGAGUCAAGAGACUGUAGAGACGUCCUCCAGCCUCACGUCGGUCAGUAGCCUUAUGCCGGUCAACGAACUCAGUGACCGAUCCCCUUCCGUCUCAGGUCUACAUCUUGGGGGUAUACACUCUAGCGGGACGAGCGCAGGCCUGGAUUGCUUCCAUCCGUCCGAGAUCGCGCAGCUCCUCAGUCCUGAGCUUUACCUCUUGACAAGAGAGGCACUAGACUACCGUGACAUUGCGCACUGGCAGGCGGCUGGCAACGUGCCACACCUAUCCAUGGGUGCCGUAGGCUACGAGCUUUCGGCUGCUUCGUACUAUAUGCCACUGUCCGAAGGCUUCUUCGAUUACUGUACGAAUGAUUACCAGUUCAACGAAGGGCUGCUCUCUGCGGAGUCACCGACGACUGGCCAGUCCCGAGUUCGCACCGAGCAGAACGAUGAGACGUUGUUCAAUCAUGCUGACGACUCAUCAACGCGUGCGCAACAAGAUUUCCCCGUGCCAGCAGCUGAUACACGCUCAAUGGCACCAUCGGUGGAUCCAGGCUAUUCGUCUAGUACUCUACCCACACUGUCGCAGGACGCCAUGACGCACCUGACUUGCAUGUGGAAUGAAUGUGGAGACCAAGUCCGUCGCACGAAGAAUGCUAUCCACGUACAUCUCAAACAAGUGCACCGCGUGAAAGUACCUGCUAUGAGCGACGCCAAGGACAAAAUCCGCUGCGAUUGGGACGGAUGCAUGCUCGAGGUACACAACUUUUGGAGGCACCUGCAAGAGCGGCACACACACGUCCGAGCCGUCCGCAAACCGCGAUGCGAGCACUGCGGGCAGGACUUCACGAGGCCAGGCUCACUGCGCAGACACCACGAGAAUCUGGCCGUACCCUGCGUCGCCGAGCCUGCAGCGUGAUUUACUGUAUCAGACGUACGCGCAACACGGACCGUCCACGCUACUGAGUCUCUUGGCACUCUGGAAUCCCGUGUACUUGCAGCGUGUGCGUUGACGUCCCUAAGACUCUGAUGGUUGUUUGUGCUUCGUUGUUUUCAUUCAAUGUUUUGCCCAUUGUUCUAUCGCGGCCGGUGGUUUUGAAACUCAAGACGCGUACAGAGACGAUCU